GAGCAGGAGGCGAGCGCGGAGGGGGAAGGAGGGAGGGGAGAGCGGUGGCGGCGGCUGCGCCCGGCUGUGCGCCUCUCGCCGCCGGAGGAAGAUGAGGCUGAAGAUCGGGCUCCUCUUACGCAGUUUGCUGGUGGUGGGCAGCUUCCUGGUGCUGGUGGUCCUCUGGUCCUCUCUAUCCCCGCGGCCGGACGAGCCGAGCCCGCUGAGCAGGAUGAGGAAUGGGACAGUGGUGUUACCCAGCUCCGAGGGUGAUGGCGAGGAUGGCAGGAGACAGGUGCUCUUACAUCGUCAGGGUCCUGCCCCUUCCUCACCCUGUCUCAUCUUUGUGGUCAUCGCCUUGGAAAUCAGCUUUCAAGAAAACACUUGGGAAGACAGAGCUGUUAAUAACCCCAUGCCUGACCGAGGGGGCAAUGGACUAGCUCCUGGGGAUGACAGAUUCAAACCCGUGGUGCCCUGGCCUCAUGUUGAAGGAGUAGAAGUGGACUUAGAGUCUAUUAGAAGAAAAAACAAGGCCAAUCAUGAACAAGAGCGCCAUGCUGGAGGAGAUAACCAGAAAGACAUAAUGCAGAGGCAGUAUCUCACAUUUAAGCCUCAGACUUUCACGUACCGUGAUCCUGUGCUCCGCCCAGGGGUCCUCGGUAACUUUGAACCCAAAGAGCCCGAGCCUCACGGAGUGGUUGGUGGCCCUGGAGAGAAAGCCAAGCCGUUGGUUUUGGGACCAGAAUUCAAACAUGCAGUUCAAGCCAGCAUUAAAGAGUUUGGAUUUAACAUGGUGGCGAGUGACAUGAUCUCCCUGGACCGCAGCGUCAGUGACUUACGACAAGAAGAAUGCAAGUAUUGGCAUUAUGAUGAGAACCUGCUGACGGCCAGCAUUGUCAUCGUCUUCCACAACGAAGGGUGGUCCACCCUCAUGAGGACAGUUCACAGCGUAAUUAAAAGGACUCCAAGGAAAUACUUAGCAGAAAUUGUGUUAAUUGAUGAUUUCAGUAGCAAAGAACACUUAAAAGAAAAACUGGAUGACUAUAUUAAGCUGUGGAAUGGCCUAGUCAAGGUAUUUCGAAAUGAGAGAAGAGAAGGUUUAAUUCAGGCACGAAGUAUCGGUGCCCAGAAGGCUAAACUUGGACAGGUUUUGAUAUACCUCGAUGCCCACUGUGAGGUGGCAGUUAACUGGUACGCACCACUCGUAGCUCCCAUAUCUAAGGACAGAACCACAUGCACUGUGCCUCUGAUAGAUUACAUAGAUGGGAAUGAUUAUUCCAUUGAGCCACAGCAAGGUGGGGAUGAAGAUGGUUUUGCCAGAGGGGCCUGGGACUGGAGUUUGCUAUGGAAACGUAUUCCUCUAAGCCACAAGGAAAAGGCCAAAAGAAAACAUAAAACUGAACCUUAUCGGUCCCCAGCCAUGGCUGGAGGAUUAUUCGCCAUUGAACGAGACUUCUUCUUUGAGCUGGGUCUCUACGAUCCAGGCCUCCAGAUUUGGGGUGGUGAAAACUUUGAGAUCUCAUACAAGAUCUGGCAGUGCGGUGGCAAGUUACUGUUUGUCCCUUGUUCCCGUGUCGGGCACAUCUACCGUCUGGAGGGCUGGCAGGGGAACCCUCCGCCCGUCUAUGUCGGGUCUUCUCCUACCCUAAAGAAUUACGUCAGAGUUGUAGAGGUCUGGUGGGAUGAGUAUAAAGACUACUUCUAUGCCAGUCGCCCUGAAUCAAAGGCAUUACCGUAUGGGGAUAUAUCAGAGCUGAAGAAAUUUCGAGAAGAUCACAACUGCAAAAGUUUCAAAUGGUUCAUGGAAGAAAUAGCUUAUGAUAUCACCUCACACUACCCUCUGCCGCCCAAAAAUGUCGAGUGGGGAGAAAUCAGAGGCUUUGAAACUGUGUACUGCAUUGACAGCAUGGGGAAGACAAACGGAGGCUUUGUUGAGCUGGGCCCCUGCCACAGGAUGGGCGGGAAUCAGCUUUUCCGAAUCAACGAAGCCAAUCAACUCAUGCAGUAUGACCAGUGUUUGACGAAGGGCCCUGAUGGAUCCAAAAUUAUGAUUACACACUGUAAUCUGAAUGAAUUGAAGGAAUGGCAGUACUUCAAGAACCUGCACAGACUGACUCACAUUCCUUCCAGAAAGUGCUUGGAUCGCUCGGAGGUCCUCCAUCAAGUGUUCAUCUCCGACUGCGACUCCAGCAAAAUGACUCAAAAGUGGGAAAUAAAUAACAUCCAUAGUGUUUAGAAGGAAUGAAAGAAACCAAUAACCUACCUACUGACACGUAAAUUUAUACAGGACUGAAAACCUCCUGAAACCUGCUGCAACUAUUGUACAGCUCCAAACCCAGAGGCUCUUGAGGAGUCUGAGGACAUUGAUAAACUGUGAUUUUACGAUAACAUUAUCAUCUGCAGUUACUGUUUACAAAACUGCUUUUACCUUAAACUUUGUAGAUGUUUACAUCCUUAUUUUUGUUUUGUUUUAAGAUGAUGUUGGUAAUCUGUGCAUUUAGCUCUGUUUUAUUUAGAACAGAGUAAAAAGCAUUGUUGUCUUUUUGGGAUUACACUCAGGGGUCUGAAAGGCAGUUUGAUUGUUUUUUUUUUUUUUAACACACUUGAAAAAAGGUUGGAGUAACCAGAUCGUCAUAUGUAACUUGGUGAUUAUCAACCUGUUGUAUCUUUAUUUAAUUUUACAUCUUUUUGAAGCACUGCCACAGGUUAUUAGCCAAGGUGGCCUUCCUUCACAGUCAUGCUGCUUUUUUGAAAGGUGAAUUUCAACACAUUUAGUGCCUCUUUUCAUUUCUUGGUAUAUUUCAAGAGCUUUUGAUGCAAUUUGUAGGAUGUUGAUGGAAUUGUCACCUGUCUGAGGAAUACUUUUACCACUCAGAACUGAAUUAACGUGCUACCAUUUGCUCUGAAAUUGAAUGUUGUAUUGCUUGAAAAAAGAAAUGACAAGAUGGAACAUCCAAAGCUAUUCCGUAGGGUUUGAAGACUGUAUGGCAUUAACUCCCCUAUUUGCUGGCAUUCCCAGUGUCCUCUGUCAGUACCAACUCCUAAGGCAGCAGGGGGUCUACUAACUAGAGAAAAAUGUCCCCUGACAUUGGGGAUUGACUUUUCCCCAUUCCCUGUCACCAUAGAAAACUAUAAAUAACUAACUCUCAGUUUUGAAACCUUGAAGAGGGGUUAACAAAAACAACAAAACACCACUGUAAACACAUCAAAGGUUUGUUCUGACCGAGGUGAGAAUUUCCAAACCCUUGUUGGAUUAAGCCUUACAAGACUACUGUGUGUUACAACCUAAGCUGUGCAAUUUAUGAAGCCAAGGGUGAAUAGACGUUUCAUUUAUAUCUUCAUGAAAUUCCCUGCACAGUUUUUAAAUUUUAAAAAAGGCUAUUUAAAAAUAUAGUUCGUUAACAAAUAUGAAUUCUGUUAGAUUAUCUGUUAGUUCCCUAGUGUUUCUUAUUUUUUUUUGAAAGCAUAUUUCUAUUAGUAUUUUUCCAGUGAAAAGAAGACUUGUUUGAAUUUACACAUUUAUUAAGAUAGUACCUACUAGAAGAAAACCAAAUACUCCAAGUUGUCAAUAGAUUUUAAUUGCUAAAUAGUCUUUUAUUACCUACAAGGUUAAAUGCUGUGUCGAAUGCAAAACAAAUUUUUUUUUAAAUGAUGAGGUAGGGAAUGGCAAGUAAAUUAAGCAUUUUUGAUCCUGUAAUCAUAUCAAUGAAAGGAAUUCACAAACUACUACCAGAGGGAAAUAUAUUUAAUUAAAGCCUAAAAAAGAAAAGGGAAAAAACCCUACAUUUGUUUAAAAAAAAAGCCUACAGAUUUGUUUCUUCCAAGCUUAGCUCUUAACUUCAGAGAGUCAAAGUUCAACAUCCUAAACAGAGUUUUAUUUAUAAUUUUUGAAUUGCCAAUUUGUAUUUUGCUACUGAUCUCUGAUCAACCAUUUGAACUUUCAUUCAUCUCUAGGGAUGUUUAAAAAGGAAUACAUUUAUAUGAUUAUAUAACUGCAAAAUAAAUCAACUAUAAAUAAGAAACUAAGAGAAUUGGUACUUUAAUUACUUGUGUGUUUGCAAAAAGGCUCCAUUUUCUUUGUUGAAUAGAUUAUAACCUUGUUAACUAUGCAUAGGCCUAAGAAAGGUGGCACAUAAACUGUGCAUGUAAAUUUUAAAUGGGUAUUUUGUGCAAUUCGUUAAGAUACUCUAUAAAAAAUGAUUCUAUAUAUUGAAAUCAGAAACCUUACCAAACACGAAAACACAUCAGAAGCUGCUGCCAUAAUGACUAUUUUCUACUGUAGGCUGCUUUGGAAAUAAUUCCCAUAUCCUUGCUUUGUAAGUUGAUAAUAUCACUAUGCAUUUCUACACAUUUUAUAAAUUUGAUUUAUGCAGAUUUUGAUACACUGUAUGUUUCUGUAGAAAUUGUAUAAAUAUUCAAAAUUUUAUUAGGGAUAAAUUUGAGAAGUUUAUGUAUAUCUUAAUUCUGGGUUGCUUGUUUUUUAGGUGAGAAAAAAAUAAAAUACUGUAUUUUAAUCCA